CUCCUCCCCGCGGGCCGCGGGGCCGGAAGCCGCCGCCGGGUGCCCUGUGAACCGGGAAGGGCUCGGUUUGAAUGAGAUCCGGCUGAUUCACCGCGGCCCGGGCGGCUCCGGCCCAGAUUGAAGGAAACAUUAUCAAAAUACCUUUGCUGACUUUGGAAGGAAAGGAGGAAAGAGACUUACUGGUGUCAUCUUUACAGUCAAAAAGUGGGAGCUGCUGCCACAUUUGAUCUGUGAUCACUCCUGCUAAGCACCAGAAAUAUGGAUAGACUUCUGCGGCUGGGAGGAGGUAUGCCUGGGCUCGGACAGGGACCACCAACAGAUGCUCCUGCAGUUGAUACAGCAGAACAGGUUUAUAUCUCUUCCCUUGCACUGCUGAAAAUGUUGAAGCAUGGUCGUGCUGGUGUCCCUAUGGAAGUCAUGGGUCUGAUGCUUGGAGAAUUUGUUGAUGAUUAUACUGUGAGAGUGAUUGAUGUUUUUGCAAUGCCACAGUCUGGAACGGGUGUCAGUGUGGAAGCAGUGGAUCCUGUAUUUCAAGCAAAAAUGUUGGAUAUGCUGAAACAGACAGGAAGACCUGAGAUGGUAGUUGGUUGGUAUCAUAGUCAUCCUGGCUUUGGCUGUUGGUUGUCUGGUGUAGAUAUCAAUACCCAGCAGAGCUUUGAGGCCUUAUCAGAAAGAGCUGUUGCUGUGGUGGUGGAUCCCAUUCAGAGUGUAAAAGGAAAGGUUGUUAUUGAUGCCUUCAGAUUGAUCAAUGCUAAUAUGAUGGUCUUAGGACAUGAACCAAGACAAACAACUUCAAAUCUGGGUCACUUAAACAAGCCAUCUAUCCAGGCACUAAUUCAUGGACUAAACAGACAUUACUAUUCCAUCACCAUCAACUACAGGAAGAAUGAACUAGAACAGAAGAUGUUGCUAAAUUUGCAUAAGAAGAGUUGGAUGGAAGGUUUGACACUUCAGGACUACAGUGACCAUUGCAAACUCAAUGAAACAGUAGUGAAGGAGAUGUUAGAAUUAGCUAAGAAUUACAACAAGGCUGUUGAGGAAGAAGAUAAGAUGACACCUGAACAGCUGGCAAUAAAAAAUGUUGGCAAGCAGGACCCCAAACGUCAUUUAGAAGAGCAUGUGGACGUGCUGAUGACCUCAAACAUUGUCCAGUGUUUAGCUGCUAUGUUGGAUACAGUUGUAUUUAAAUAACCAAUUUACUGUUUGUGAUGCUUUCUGUGUAUAUUUGUUUAUUGUUUCUAAUACUCACAAGACAGAGACUGUUGAGGCUCUAUUUGAUUAAACAGAGACAUCUGACUUUUGCAAUGUAAGCGCAUCACUAUAACACCUUUCAGUCUCUAAUUGUGCAUUUGCUUCAAUUUCUUUAUGUCAGGGUCCUCACAGAUUACAAAGUAUUCAAGAACACCACGUGGGCAAAAAUGUAUUACAUUUUCAUUUAAUAUUUGGGGGGAAAAUCAGUAAUACAUAUAUAUUUUGAUUGUUGCAACUUAAUAAAAAUACAUUUACAAACCUG